AUGCCUAUGUAUUGCGACAAUCAAAUUGUCAUCUUCAUUGUUGGCAAUUUCACCUUUUAUGAGCGUACAAAGUACAUUAAGAUUGAUUGUCACUACAUUUGA